AAAAAGGGGAACGUGUCUGUGUUAUCAACCUUGUCUUCAAGCUCGAAUAGAAACUGUUUAGCUGAUUUAGCUGAAAUUAAACCGAAGUGGAUCGUCGUGAAGUCGUUUUGCGUUCAUUUGGUGUGAAGAGCAGAACUCCGCGUUCAUCUGAACUCAGGGCCAUGUCACCAUUCAGCUGGACUCUCUCUGCUGUUCUUCACAGUUACUACCAAACAUGAAGGACUGAAGUCUGAGGACGCGGUGCCCCCUGCUGGACUACUGCUGCAGAUGGAGGCCAUGGCUGAGCCCAGCUACUCUGAUCUGAUUGCCAAACACUACAAUUACACCGGCAAGUUCCGGAAGACGGAGCAGGACUCAGGCCUGAAGGCUGACUCUGUGAUCUUCAUCAUUGUGUGCUGCUUCAUCAUCCUAGAGAACAUCCUGGUCCUGACUACAAUCUGGAGGACCAAGAAGUUCCACAAGCCCAUGUAUUACUUCAUUGGGAACCUGGCACUGUCUGAUCUUCUGGCCGGUGUCGUCUACACUGCCAACAUCCUACUGUCGGGUGCCAAUACCUACAAGUUGACACCCACCCAGUGGUUCUUCAGGGAAGGCAGCAUGUUUGUGGCACUGGCGGCCUCUGUCUUCAGCCUACUUGCCAUUGCCAUUGAGCGCCACCUCACCAUGCUGAAGAUGAAGCUGCACAACAAUGGGAACACCUUCCGCGUCUUUCUACUCAUCAGCACCGUGUGGAUGAUCGCAGCCGUUCUAGGCGGUCUGCCGGUGAUGGGCUGGAACUGCAUCCAGAGCAUGACGCAGUGCUCCACCGUGCUACCACUCUACCACAAAGCCUACAUCCUGUUCUGCACCACUGUCUUCAGUAUCAUUCUUAUGGCCAUUGUGGUGCUCUAUGCCAGGAUCUAUGCAUUGGUGCGCACUCGUAGCCGCAAACUGGUCUUCCGCAAAGUGUCCAAUGGUCGCAGCAAUGCCAGUGCAAACAGUAAGAGUUCAGAGAAGUCAAUGGCACUCCUGAAGACAGUCAUCAUUGUUCUCAGCUGCUUCAUUGCCUGCUGGGCACCACUCUUUAUCCUCUUGCUGCUAGAUGUGGCCUGUGAGACGCUAAGCUGCCCAAUCCUCUACAAGGCAGAGUGGUUCCUGGCACUUGCAGUCCUAAACUCUGCCAUGAACCCACUCAUCUACACGCUGACCAGCAACGAGAUGCGGCGUGCAUUCCUAAAGACACUGCUGUGCUGUACCGCCUUCAUUCGACCACGCACCAAGCUCACAGGACCAAUAAUGGGAGCGGAGUUUAGCCGCAGCAAGUCUGAUAACUCCUCUCAUCCCAACAAGGAGGAAGUGGAGUACUCGCCGAGGGAGACAACCGUAGUGUCCUCGGGGAAUGUCACCUCAUCAUCUUAAACAUGCAGGACAAACAAGCAGAUGUACAGGGUCAGAUGAGGAGUACGUGUUUGUACACAAAAUACAUGUGAACUCUGCCAUGUAGCCAAGUCACGAAACCUCCAGCUGACCAGGACUCAGAGACUUUCAAACUGAUUGGAAAGUAAAAGAAGUCCAGACACUGUUUGUAGUUCAAAACCGUCAUGUGACAGCACCUACUGGAGUCAGUGGCUGUAACUCCUGUAUGCUGGGAUGGAUUGUGUUUCAUCUCAUCUGCUUAAUGUAGAUCAUUGUGGUCCUGCGUCAUUGAAGACCUGGUCAGAACAUAAAGUGCUUCUUCAGAUUUUAUACAGAUAUCCAAACUUGCUGAUACACAGCAUUUCUCUGCAAAAUACACUUUACCAGACAGUCAAAGCAUGAUAAAAUAGUGACUUAUUGAUGUGUUUUGAUGCAUCAAGGUUAAUUUUACUGAAUAACACUUACAACAUACAUAGAAAGUGAUCCACAUAGAGGAAUCAGACUUUAUACUCACCCUCUAAGAACAACUAGAACAUGUAGCACUUAAUAUCAGAUGUUUAAAAAAUGAAAAUGAAUUAAAGAAAACUGUCCUCUAUCCCCUUUUACCUUCCCAUACAGGGACGCACUUAUGAAUGCAGAGCUCAGCUGCUUUAAACAACAGUUCAUUUUUCUUUAAUCAUCAUGAAUAAAUCUUUUACCAAUGCUUUAUUAUUGUUCCACAUAUGAAGUCCAUUCUAGCUCAAAAAGAAAAAUAAUAUUGAGGCAAACAUUACUUACCUAUUAAAAA